AUGAUUCAGAGUGAACUGUCAGGUAGUGAGGGUUAUUUACGCAAUGUAGACGAUCUGGUCAGUGGUAGCGAUGCCAGUAAUGCUAGUGGGCAUGAUUCUCAGACCAGAGAUCAGAAUAUCGAUACUGAUAGUAGUGGUGACGAUGUUCCCGCUCAACGGCCACGUGGUCGGCCUCCUGCGAGGGGUAGACGUCCUGAUGAUCCCGCUAAUGACCGUCCAUGGAGUGUAAAUGACCAGGUAAGGGAUAGAUAUCCUUUCACUGGCAAUCCUGGGAUAAAGGUUGACAUUCAUGACACGUCAGAUCCCCUUGAAUUCUUUGAACUUUUUUUCGGAGAUGAACUUGUUGACUUGAUAGUAACUGAAACUAAUCGGUUUGCCAGGCAGUAUUUAGUCGAGAAGGAGGGUACUCUGAAAGCUCGUUCUAGGGCCAAGGAAUGGGAGGACACUGACUCUGAUGAGAUCAGGGUGUUUCUUGCCCUCUUGCUCUUGCAGGGGGUGGUCUUCAAACCAGAAAUAGAAGUGUCUUUCUCAAAGAAGGCCUCAAUGUACACCUCCUUCUUUCGUGAAGUGAUUGAUAAGGAGCGUUUCAUACUGCUUUGUAAGUUCCUGCAUUUCACUGAUAACACUGCAUUUGAUCCUGAAGGGCCUAUUCCAAAGAAACUGUACAAGCUUUGGCCUAUCAUUGAGCACAUGAAAACGAAAUUCUCAGAGAUGUACAAACCAGAGAGAGACAUGGCAGUGGAUGAGUCAAUUCUGUUAUAG